CUUCUGUUAAGUGUUGUGUUGCUGUAGUUUUAGCAUUUUCUUUUCAGUCAUCUUGUUUGUAUUUGCCUCUGUACUUUGCUACGUUUUAGUAGUGAGUUAGAAAUUUUGGGAAAAACCUUUCCAGAGUUAGAUAAGAAGAUCUCUACCAAACUCAUAGUUACUGGUAUGUGGAUUUUUUUGUAACCCUCGGACUGAGUAAAGCUAAGUUUAACGUCUCCUAACUGUAGCUUAAUGGACAUAUAUGAGCGUAACAUCGAUCUUCUCAUCUAACUCUUGGCAAGAAAGUGAAUGACUAUUUCUCAAAAUGUCAAACAAUUCCUUUAAUGUACCUGAUGUAGUUUUUAGGUCACUCUUGUGAUUGUCUGUGGUCUGUUCAUGGUUUAGCUGUAGUGUGUUGCUCGGCCUGCUGCAUUGGGUGAGCCCAAUAGCAGUGCUUUGCUUUACUUUUGUCCUUUGUCCAUUCUGGCUAUGGGCAUCGCAGUGGGGUUUAAGGCUGGGUAAGAGGCCCUGUGUCCCCCCUCCCCACUUUUAGGCAUGUUGGGUACCCAAACCAGAGAACAGCUGUGAUGGCGUGUGGCCAUCUCAACGCCGCUGGGCUUUUAAUCCUACCUCCGGCCUCUGUGAGGACUUCCUCUACUGCACUGGAAACAGCAGCAACAACUUCCCUUCCUUUAAUGCCUGUAGGGACCAGUGCAUGUUGGGUGCAUGCUGCCUCCGCAAACCAAGGCAGGGUCUCCCCCCUGGCCACCAGCAUUACUCUCAACAUAGAUACAACAUCUCCACUGUGAACAGGACUCUCUGGGGAUAUGACCAGCAGAAUGUGGAGGAUGAAAUAUGGUACAGCAAUAUAGACUUCAACCAUACUGAGCUGGAAGAUCUGAAAGGAAACCUUACAAAGGCAGACUGCCGCAAGAAUCCAGAUUUAACUUUUACGUGUGAUUACCUUACUCUAAUACAGUGUCAGACUUUGGUGAAUGACCAAGCUGGAGAGGCAGAAGUAAUGAGCUUCUCUCCCGGAGUGAAGUGCUCUGAUGUGAGAUGUGGUGAAAGUUGUGGAUGCUUCUCUCAACGCAAGCUCUGGAGAUAUGGGGAAAAGUUCAGGCAAGGCUGUGAAGAGUGCAUAUGCACACAUAGUGGCAGAAUUCACUGUGUGUGCAGACAUAUGACCCAGCGAAAAGAGAUUAGAGACCUCACACUGAAAGAGAGGAGGUUGUACCAACGGGCUAUCAGGAAACUCUACGCUAGGCCAGGUAAGACUGUAAAUCUAAAGGUUUUUCUUCCUUCCUUUUUUAAAUUCAAAGUAUACCUUUGUAUCAUUAUUGAAAGUUUAUUUGUGUCUGUGUGUGUCUGUGUGUGUUCCAUGUGGAUUAAGCUGUGUGGAAGGGUUUUGCAUUACUGAGAGCUGAGUUCUCCCCUCUGGCUGGUCAUUAUGCCUUCUUCCUCCCAUGGCACCGCUACUUCCUGCGAUUAGUGGAGCGUGACCUACAGUCAAUGUCAUCAUGCAAACUGGCACUUCCAUAUUUUGAGUGGACAGUGGACUCUGGGUCUAUGAAGUCCUCAGCUGCCUGGCAGGCUGGAUUGUUUGGAGGAGACGGUGAGCCCGCCUCUGGCUGCGUCCCCCAUCACACUUUCCAGGGCUUUACAUCCCGUUUCCACUGGUCCCCUUGUCUCAGGCGAAACUUCAACUCCUCGGUGUGGCUGCCAGAUGCAGUGACCCUGCAGAGGACUGUAAACCAGGCAGACUUCCAAGUGUUCUCGCAGUCCCUGCAGACAUUUUCUGGCCUCUUUAGGCUUUGGGUAGGAGGUCACAUGGCUUCACCUCUAGCCUCUUACGACCCUUUAUACCUGUCACACAUGGCAUUCAUGGACAAGCUGUGGGCACAGUGGCAAGAGAAACAUCAGCAUGGAUUCAAAAGACAAACUCGUAGAGACGAUUAUGCUCACAGCAACAUCCUUUAUCCUGCUAAACAGAGGCAUGUUAAGAUGAAGCCUUUUGAUGUUACCCCUGAUGAUGUGAUUUCUUCCCUUCAGCAGAUGUGUGUUGUAUAUGUGCCCAUAACCAUUGGUGCACCUUGUAAUAUUACCUCAUUACAAACACACCCACAAGAAAGUUGGAAAUAUCAAAAGCGUAGCUUUGACAACAAUAGUUCUGGUAUUGGGAUUACUGGUUUCAACCAACAUGGAUAUGAUCGUGAGGGCUAUGACCGGAGUGGUUGGGACAGGUGGGGCUAUGACAAAGAUGGCUUUAACCGUGACUCCAUUGAUAAGGAUGGAUAUGACAUAUCUGGUUUUAACCGCUAUGGGUUCAACCGUUCUAAUGUGACCUGGUUUGGCUUGUAUGAAGAUGGGAUGUUUGAGAAUGAGAAGAAGAAUGAGCGUAAAGCGACACAUGAAAAGGAAGAGAGUAAAAAUAAGACUCACAGAGACAAGAUAAUGUCAGAUCUCUUCAGCGAUAAAGGCUACAAUAUCUAUGGAUUUGAUCCAUUUGGUUUGGAUCGCGGUGGGUUUGAUGCAUUUGGCUUUCGAACAGAUGGUUACGACAAGGACAAGUGCAACUGGUUCUUCAAUGGACCUCACUACCUGCGGUUCUUCUUCUACACGCAGCAACAGUUGAUGUCAUCCAGUGACCAAGCUUUAAACCGCAUCACCCGUACCUGCCCUCCAAUAACGCCCCUGCCCCAGCACUGGGCCAGGCAGGAUUGGAUGACUUUUGAUCCAGACAAAAGCAGUGCUCUGAAAGGUCAACAAGAGCAGGAAUGGAAGGGACAGAUUAAGCCAAAAAGGGAUGAUACUGUUAUGGGAGCUAAUCAAAAUACAAGCAACAUAUGGCUUCCAAUCACACCAGAUCACAGGUUUUGUUUCAAGCUCCACUGGUUCAGCGGCUGUCCUCUUGGCUCUGCUCCUAUCACCUGCCCUGACCUCUGCCAUCAGGCCCGUUGCCAUGAUUACCCCGAGGCUGUCUGCCAUAUGUACAAUUGUGGUUCCUGUUUCACAGAGUGGCGGGAUCCAGCUACUGGAAACCAUGUAAUAUGCCAUGGCUGGUAAAUACUGGAUUGUUUCCAGGAAAAAUGGAGCAAGAAAGUACUUUUCACAGCUUUUCACAGCAGUGAGAAGAGAGUGAACAACCACUUGGUAGCGUUGUACCUCCAUCGUCUCUGUGAGCUCAGAGCAACGGAAAGCACUUCAUGAUACGGAUGACAGCUAAAAGGACUGACACUUGAAUUAAAUAGAAAAAAAGACUUCAUUCCCUUGUUAAAUAGCAAAAUAUGUUUUUAAUUAACUUUGUAUAGUGUACUUUAUCUCUUCUAAUUAUGGUGUGAAAGCAGCUCAUAUUGUUUUUUAUGGCCCACAACUGUCCUGACUUGGCUCCCUCUUACCACUUGUUUCCUAUUUUGGGAAAAAAAACAAUUAUAUGUUACCAAACAGUGGACAGACAAAGUUAAUUGACAUAGUGCAGCAUUUAGCCACUUAAGAGACAUAUAGUAAAUUGUCAAUGUCAGGUUUAUAGCUUGUGCUGUCUCCAAGUGUCUAAAAAAAUCUGUUAAUGCAGUUUUAAUGCAAGUUUCAUCCUGAUAGUUUUGCAUGUUGUCACCAAUGUAUUUUGUAUUACUAGCAUUUACCAAAGCGUACUGUAAGUUUUAGAGUAAUCUGUUGUAAUAUAGCUGUAAGAAAAUUCCUAGUUGGUGCCUCAUUAAGGAUUCUCUGCCUCUUGUUGUCUCUCUCUCUCUUUCUUGGUUCACUCCCCACUACCACAGAGUUAUUUAAACUUUGUUCUGUCCUGCCAUGAAUGUCAUACACAUGUGCCCAAACAGCCCACUGUCCCCUCUCUUACCCCUCCCCGACUGCUCUCUCUGUCACUAUCUCUGUCUUUUCAUUCAUCUUGCCCUUAAUUGUUUCUGCAUGUAAGCCUGAAGACUCCAAUGGCACCCAGUUGAUGCACACUUGCAGACUCACACUCCUACACACACUUUGAUCUCAUGCAUGCUUGCCUUGCUAGAGGAAAUGCCUGUUGGCUGCUGGCACAGUAGGCAGCCUCACUAGCUUCUCUCACACUCUGUGAUUAUUGCCCUCUCUCACACACAUUGUCUCUGUCCUUUGGAUGGUCGCCAUUAAAAUAAUUAUCUCCUGAAAUGUCCAAGCUAAGCGAAAAUAAUAUUUGAUGAGCUCCCUUAAAGCCUUUGAUUUGUAAAAUUGAGUAGACAUUUCUCUUCAGUGUUUGAUACGCGUAAUACUGUAACAACUUUAUUUUUAAUCAAAAUAACUUAAAAUACAACAGAAUCGGGGAAGUUGUUGACCAUGGCCUUUGUGGGGACCAGAAAACUGCUUCCCCCUACAGUUUUCUCCCUGUAUCUCCAACAGUAAAUCUUUUUCAGCUUUAAUAGACUUGUUGGUAGCAGUCUUUAACGGCUGGAAGGCUGGAGGCACUCAUGGUUAUUGUUACGGCACAUAAAACAUAGUCUGUUUGAGAGCAAGCAUGUGCAUAUUACAUCAGAACCAUGCCGUUCUGUCAUUACUGGAGAGAGUGGAGCCAGAUGUUCCCCCAGUGACCUAGAGUAGAGUUGAGGUGAAUAUAGACAGAGAGGGACCAGCUGUAAUGUUCAAACUUAUAUUCACAGUCCUCUUCUCUUAUCUAAACUAUCAGUAUACACUUCAGCUUUGUCGCUUGGGAUAUGCAGACACUCGCACAAGCUCAAAAAGUGUAUGCACUUAAACAUCUGUUUCAU